CAUCAAGUAUUGCCAUGUACUUGUUUCCAUGACUAUCUUUGUGCCAAUGAUUAUUGUAUGGAAUUUUGUACGCUCUUGCAAAGAACAACUUUUUUCGUUAGUUUAGAGCGACUAUGAGUACUUACUUUCUUUAAAUUAUGGCUGAUAUACUAUGGGAAGAUCGUGAUGUACGUUUUGACAUUACACUACAACAAAUGAGAAUGAGAAAUGGAGAGAUUCAAAUUGAUAAGUUGGAUUCAGUUGAAGAUACAAAAGGCAAUAAUGGUGACAGAGGUAGAUUGAUUGUCACAAAUCUUCGAAUAAUAUGGCAUUCUCAGACCAUGCAACGUGUCAACCUCUCUGUUGGAUUUGGAUGUAUCCUCAACCUUUCCACUAGAGUUGCGAGUUCUAAACUUCGUGGUAAGACAGAAUCUUUAUAUGUUCUUACUCGAUGUAAUCACACAAGAUUUGAAUUUAUUUUUACAAACUUGGUUUCUGGCAGUCCAAGAUUAUUUUCAACUGUAAUGUCUGUUUAUAGAGCUUACGAAUCAUCAAAACUUUAUCGUGAUUUGAAACUUCGAGGCGCUCUCAUCGAGAACAAACAACUUCGUGUUCUGCCUAUGGAACAAGUCUACGAUAAGAUAAACGGUGUUUGGAACUUGUCAAGCGAUCAGGGUAAUCUGGGAACAUUCUACGUCACAAACGUUCGGCUAGUGUGGCAUGCAAACAUGAACGACAGUUUCAACGUAAGCAUUCCAUACUUGCAAAUGAAAUCAAUCCGCGUUCGGGAAUCAAAAUUUGGUCUCGCCUUAGUUCUGGAGACAUCACAACAGAGCGGUGGUUACGUGUUGGGCUUUCGUAUUGAUCCCGCUGAAAAACUACAAGAAACUUUAAAAGAAAUUCAAAGUCUUCAAAGGGUUUACAGCGCGAGUCCUAUCUUUGGUGUGGAAUUUGAGACUGAAGAAAGGCCAACGACCUUGCAGGAAGCCACUGUUGAGCCUAUUCACGAUGAUAUUGAAAUAACUAACGAUGGUGAAGAAACUGAUGCAUUUGCGGCGUACUUUGCUGAUGGCCAUAAAUCUACAGAUCGAGAACCCGUGUUCAAUCCCGAGCUUGGCUUGGCAAUAGAGCUAAAAGAUGGGUUUACACUUCAAGGGCUUUGGGAGGUGAUGCCUAACUGAUGGCAAUAUUUUAUGUUAUCAUGUCCUAAGUACUUAUUGUGAAUUCUGUAAAUAAAGCGAACAUGUAAUAUUACAAAUCAUAGACAUUUCAUCAUUUA